AUGGUGGCCGCCACGAAUGGCACGACAAACGGCGUGACGAAUGGCGAUGCCGCCGCCGCUCCCGUCAGCACUCGCUUCUCCGACAUCCCCUCGGCCAUCGACAUCCCCGUCCAGGGUGACCAGGAGGACGAAGCCGUCGAGAUCGACCUUGAAGACCUCCUCGACGACCCCACCGAGCUCUGCACUCUCUUCGAGAACGAACAUGCGGCCAAGACAUACUGGAUGACUGUCGCGCUCGCCUACGCGAAGCAGAAGAAGAUCGACCAUGCCAUCGAGAUGCUCCUUCGCGGCGCCAGCUCCAUCAGCAAUAGCGGCAACCCUCGCGACAAGGUCAGCAUGAUCUGCUGUCUGUGCUGGAUGUACCUGUGGAAAAGCCGCGAGGCACCCCGAGUCGCCCCCGAUGGUAUCCGCGUCUCCGAGGCCAAGACAAAGGAGUACUACCUCCAGCUCGCCACGUCUUCGCUCAACGACGCCGCUCGACUCAACCCGUCCUUCCCGCCCAUCUUCCUAGCCAGAGGCGUCUUGCUCCUCCUCAGGGCCUCGCUACAGGCGCCUGCAAAGACUGCUGGCGGCAUCGGCACCGAAAAGAACGAGCUUCUCAAGACGGCCGUCAAAUCAUUCGACGACGCCCUGCGAGUAUCACAAGGAAAGAACAUGCUGGCCCUCAUGGGAAAAGCCCGAGCAUUCUUCUCCAUGCACAAGUACCCGAACGCCUUGACGGCGUACCAGGACGUGCUUCAGAAGAUGCCUGACUUGGUGGAUCCGGACCCGAGAAUUGGCAUCGGGUGCUGCUUCUGGCAGCUCGGCUUCAAGGAGGACGCCAAGGUCGCGUGGGAGAGAUCGCUUGAAAUCAGCCCCAACUCGACCGUCGCCAACAUCCUCUUGGGCCUGUUCUACCUCGAUGCCAGUGGCCACGUGCCCGUCAACAGCGACGACUUCCUGAAGCUGUACAAGAAGGCCAUGACCGAGUAUACCCAGAAGUCAUUCAAGCUGGACAAGGAGCUACCCCUCACCUGCGCGACAUUCUCUAGCUACUUCCUCUCCCGGAAAGCCUGGGACAAUGCGGAGAAGCUGGCGCACAAGGCCAUUCAGUACACGGACGUCAAUGCCAUCGCUAGUGACGGCUGGUAUUUGUUGGCACGCAAGGCUCACUACAAUGGCGAUACCGACAAGGCGAGCGACUACUACCGUCGUGCCGAUGACGCGCGAGGUGGCACAGACACGGGCUAUUUACCCGCCAAGUUUGGCGUCGCGCAGUUGUCCGUCCUCAAGAACGACCUGGGUGAAGCCAAGCUGCGGCUGGAGAAGAUGAUUCAGCAGUCCAAGAGCCACGAGGCCAUGAUUCUCCUCGGCACAAUCUACGCAGAGGAGAUUUUUGCCAGCCAGAAGAGCGAUGUCAAAGAGGACAAGUCGUCCGAGAUGAAGAAGGCCAUCACGCUCCUCGAAGGCGUGCGAAGCGCUUGGAAGGACCCCAAGAAGGCGCUCGCCCCGGAUUCUUCCGUCUUGCUCAACUUGGCUCGCCUAUACGAGACCGAGCAGCCCGACAAGGCCUUGCAGUGCUUGCAACAGGUCGAGCAACUCGAGCUGGCCCAGAUCCCGGAUUCAGAACGACCCGAGGCGGCCGACGACGCGGAGGCUCAGGCAGCUAUAAGGAAGCUGUUGCCUCCGCAGCUCCUCAACAACAUCGGCUGCUUCCACUACCAGUCGGAGAAGCACGACUUGGCCAGCGAUAUGUUUGAGGCAGCGUUGGGCGCCUGCAUGCGGAUUGGCGAGAAAGACCCUGAAAUGGACACGGACGCGCUCGUCUCGACCAUCAGCUUCAACCUCGGCAGGACAUAUGAGUCCAGAGGGUUGACUGACAAGGCCGUGGAAGUGUAUGAGGGCCUGCUCGCUCGCCACGACGACUACACCGAUGCCCGCACGAGACUGGCGUACAUUAAGCUCAGGAGAAACCCGAACAAGGAGGGGCCCGAUGCCGUGGCCAAGCUGUACCAGGAGAACACGAGCGAUCUGGAAGUCCGCGCGCUGUACGGCUGGUAUCUCGGCAAGGUCCACUCCCGCAAGCGACCUUCGAAUAUUGUCGAGGAUCAUGAGUUCCGACAUUACAAGCACACCUUGCAAAACUACGAUAAGCACGACAGGUAUGCCCUAGUAGGCAUGGGCAACCUGUACCUGCUGCAAGCGAGAGAGAUGCGACGCGAGACGGACCAGGAGAAGCAGAAGCGCAGCGCCAUCUACGGCAAGGCCGUCGAGUUCUUCGAGAAGGCUCUGUCCUUGGACCCCAAGAAUGCGUAUGCGGCACAGGGAGUCGCCAUCGCCUUGGUAGAAGAUAAGAAGGACUACAAGUCGGCACUCCCCAUCUUCAAUCAGGUCCGAGAGACAGUCAGAGACUCGCACAUCUACGUCAACCUGGGUCAUAUCUACUGCGAGCUGAAGCAAUACUCAAAAGCCAUCGAGAACUACGAGAUUGCGCUGUCCAAGGACGGCAAGGCAAACGACCCCGUGAUUCUCUCCUGCCUAGGCCGAACUUGGUUGAACAGGGGACGAAGUGAGCGAGACGCGGACUCUUGCGUUAAGGCCCUUGAGUGCGCGAAAAAGGCUCUGGAAGUCGCCCCCGAACAAGUUCACUACAAGUUCAACGUCGCCUUCGUGCAGAUCCAGCUGGUUACCACCCUGCAGGCCCUGCCGGAGAACCGGCGGACGCUGGAGCAACUCGAGCAAGCGGCGGAGGGCUUGGAGGCUGCCAUCGAGUCCCUGGACAACAUCGCCACGCAGCCUCAAACCCCGUACCCCAAGCACGAUGUCGAGCAGCGCGCCAACAUGGCCCGCAACACGCUGCGGAAGCAGCUCGAGAGAGCCAUCGGCAAGCAGAAGGAGUGGGAGGAGAUGAACCAGGAGAAGAUCAAGGCGGCCAGGGACCAGCGAGACGCCGAGAUCAAGCGCCGCGAGGCCGAGCGAGAGGCCGUGCUGGCCAAGGAGCGCGAGCGGCAGGAGAAGAUCAAGAAGGAGCGAGAGGUGAUCGCCGCCCGCGACCGAAUGCUGGCGGAACAGCGCGCCGAGCUAAAGGCCGAGGAGCUGCGCGAGCAGCAGGCCCGCAAGGAAGCGGAGCUCACGACGGACGAGGAGACGGGCCAAAAGGUCAAGCGCAAGCGCAAGCCCAAGAAGCCGACGGAGCGGAGGGCGCGGAAGAAGGGCGAGCGCGACGACGCGGAUGAGGACUCUCAGGAGGAGUCGCAUACCAAGAAGAGACGCCGCCUCACCAAGAAGGAGUCGAGCAAGUACAAGUCGGCCGAGAUCGUCGUCGACAGCGACGAGGACGAGGACGAGGACGCGCUUGAGCGCGCGGAGCGGAACCUGGAGAGGAGCGGCACGGUCGGCUCGGACGAGGAUGAGGACGCGGGUGGCGCCGCCGCCGAUAAGAUGGACGUGGACGAGGACGACCAGCAGGCGGAGCAGGGCGGCGACGCGGGCGAGGACGAGGAGGACGAGGACACGGCACCGCGCCAGGCUCAACAGAAGAGAGCCCGGCGGGGUCGCGUCGUCGAGUCCGACGAGGAAGAGGAAGAAGAGGCAGAAGAGGGCAACAGCCCCCCCGCCGGCGGCGAUGAGGACAGCCCCGCGGCGGCGGCGGCGGACGAGACCCUGCGCGACGUGGGCGAUGAGGACGAGGACGAGUAG